AUGGUGACGGACGGCAACGGAACGCUUGGACAUUAUUCUCAAUGGACGACGACUGCCUGUGCGAUGAUGGAUGACCGGGCAAUGCUCGGAUCACUCUCAAUAGAUGACGACUGUCUGUAUGGUGAUGAACGAUCAGGGAACGUUCUGGCAUCAUUCUCAAGGGACGACGACUGUCUGCGUUGUGAUGGACAACCGCAGAACGCCCUGGGGAUGGAUACUUUGCUCGAAGUCUGA